AUGUUAAAACAUUUCGCAAAGCAAUUAAUCGCGAUCGCUUUGGCGAUUCAGCUCAGAAAACUCUGCGUAGCUGCCGACAUACCGAAUUGUGCAUUUCGAGACACCGUUAGUCUAGUAAAUAUACGAUCAAAUACAGAUGGUUCAUACACAUAUCAGGGCUUACGCAUACCUCAAAACAUGACAGCCACCUACAGCCAUGAGGAACUCUCCGAUGGCACAUUUGUUACCGCAACACCGCACAUUAGGGGCUGUGCCUGCAAGCUGAAACAAUGCAUACAACUCUGUUGCUUACAAAAUGAGCUCUUGGACGACAAGACGAAAAAAUGCACUCCCAGGAAUGCCGUUGAUUACCCCAGAAUAACCACAUAUAGGUCAGACUAUACAGAAAAUAAAAAUGUCGACGUGUUUAAGGAUUUCAUACCGCAACAGCGCAUGCCGUGUGAGGAGUUCAAAAUUCUCAACAAUGCACUGGACAUAGGUUUCAAUAUUCUCUUUGAGAACGGCACUGUUUACUACGCGUUUAAAGAUAAAUAUAUAACACAUCGUGAUUUUUGUUUAACACCCUUUUGGUACAACGAAACAUGGAACUUGAAUCCCGUCGAAUGUUUUAAGAAAAUCCCAACGACGACUUAUUUGUAUAUUGGACUAUUUACUAUAUCGGUGCCGUUCAUCUUGGCCACAAUUUGUGUGUAUUUAUAUGUGCCUCAACUACGUUCCCUGCACAAUAGCUGUCUCGUCUGUUUCCUUAGCACUUUCGCGCUCGGCAGUUUAAUUUUGUCGUCUUUUUUGUGGAUCAGGUACAAUUGGCAGGUCUGUCAAGCAAUGGGUGUCUUGUGCUAUUUCUUCAUGAUAUCUGCUUUCUUCUGGCUGAAUAUUACUUGUUUCGACUUAUGGUUGAAUAUACGUGGCAUCAGAUAUCAGCUGCAGUCGAGCAGUUCGCGUUUACGUUUCACUUACUACAUGAUUUAUGUGUGGUCAGCGGCAGUCAUUUUUACAGUUACCGCUUUAACCAUUGAACAUAUGGAUAUAAGCGAUGCCUGGAAGCCAGGUUUUGGCAAUGGUCAAUGUUUCAUUAAAUCAAGAGAUUGGUCAGCACUGCUAUAUUUUCAAGGUCCAAGCGGUUUGCUGAAUUUAUUUAAUGUUUUCUUCUUCACAAUGAGUGUCAUAAAUUUGUAUCAAAUCAAGGAAGACUCCUAUGAGCUCAAGAAAGAGACGAGUCAGCAAUACAAGCUUUCAACAUUUUUACGCUUAUUCUUGGUAAUGGGUGUUUCAUGGAUUCUAGAGUUCUUUACUUACUUAUUUGCGCACAGUAAUUCGUUUAUCAUCGUAAUAUUCAAUACGUUGAAUGCCUCACAGGGCAUAAUAUUAUUUGUUGUAUUUGUGCUAAAGCGGAGAGUAUUGAUUUUGCUCAAGAAUCAGUGGAAUAAAAGCACUUGAUGAGGAGAGCCUUGGAGCAAAAACCCGCUUCAGUUCUAUGCAAAACGCAGAAGGAGCUUUUUAUUUGGGUAACGGUAUAUGCUCGACAAUUGAUUACUACUUAAUUUCAUACUAAUUUUGAGUACAUCAAUUGAGUGACGAAUUGCGGUUAGGCUUAGCAAAUUAAAGCAUAAAAGAUUACAUUUUUUUAUUAAGUAUAAG